CAGCAGCAGCAGUGAAGGCAAAACACCUUGCUGCUGUGGAGGAGCGAAAAAUAAAAUCACUGGUUGCGCUACUGGUGGAGACACAAAUGAAGAAAUUGGAAAUCAAACUAAGGCACUUUGAGGAGUUGGAGACGACGAUGGAGAAGGAAAGAGAAGGUUUGGAGUACCAGAGACAACAGCUGAUACAGGAGAGGCAGCAGUUCCAUCUUGAGCAGCUGAAAGCUGCAGAGUUCCGUGCAAGGCAGCAGGCUCACCAGCGACUGGCUGCAGAACAACAACAGACCCCUUCUACAACUCCCACACCUCCCUCACCGCAAGCAGUACCUACCCCACAUCCUGCAGCCACCUCACCCUCUCCCAACCAGUAGACAGUGACUGCUGCAGCCUUUAUUUUACUGUAUUCAACAUUAUUUCCUUUUAUACAACUUUUGAUGUCUAUUUUUAAAGUAUUUAUUUUACUAGUAUUAAAAAAGUUUCCAUUAUGAGA